CUACUCAGUCACGUGCGUGGGAAUGUGCCUUCCCGUCAGCUUCCCGUGGGCGCGAGUACGACAACUGUUGCAAAGCACUCAUCGUUUCGUCGGAAUAGCAUUUACGCCCUCUCACAGUUCUUAACAAUGUUCCCAAGCCGCACUGCAACCACCGCCGCAUCACGUCUGGCCACUCGCUGCGUGCGCUGCCAGCUGAAAGCACAGCGGAGACCUGUCGUAGCCUUACAAAGUCAGAGAACGCCUUUCACCACCAGUGCGGUUUCCUAUGCUCGACGCGCUCCCGGCUCACGAAGUUCAGCGAAUACGUCAGACGGUGCGGAGGAAGCUUCUGAUAGGCGGAAGAUAGAAUUUGCGGAACGGAUCUUGGACGACGUCUUUGCGGCCGGGAAGGGGAAGAAACAACGGAGAGGAGCAGAACUGUCGGACAUAGGGGAAGAGGCAAGGGAGGCCCACGAAGCAAAGCCCGAAAUAAAGCUCGCGGGAAAAGCGAGGCGGAAGCUGGAUGAAGAAAAAUUAGUCCCACAGCGAGAAAUAGAAGAGAGCCUUCCAGAUCAUGUCGCGUGGGGACGGGACGCCUUGCCGAAAGUACGAUAUGCGGAGUUUGGGAUAGAAACCGCUGACCAACGCGCCCAAGAGACUGCCAAGGCAGAGACGAACCAUGAAGCGGAUGGUGAGGAGGGUGCGCUUCCAAACGAUCCGCAGCAACUAGAGAAUUCCAAAAGUGAACCAGCAGAGUCGGACGACUGGUAUGUGGAUCAAGUAUACAACCAACCGGAAGAGCAGCUUCGACCGAGCGACUUCGUCCCACUAUGGAUGCGAGGCGCGGACAUUGCCGCAAAACGAAGUCAAGGGCUAGACGCGGCGGAAGAAAAGCUUGAGGAGACGGGAAAAGGGCCACUGCGGUUGAGCGAGGUGGUGGCGGUGCUGAAGGCGGAGAGAGCUAUGAAUAUGGUGGUGCUGGAUAUGCGGGAGAAAUGUGAUUACACGGACUACAUGGUGAUUGUGGAAGGGCGCUCGAAAAAGCAGCUUUAUGCGAUUGCGGACGCUGUUAGGAGACGGGCAAAGCAUCGCAUCCCUUACGACCUCUCAUUACCGCCCACUAUGACGAUCGAGGGAUCUGAUUCGGACGACUGGAUGGUGAUGGACCUUGGGCGAUUUAUGAUCCAUGUUUUUACGCCUGAAGCGCGAGCGGCGUAUAAUCUAGAAGGUCUUUGGACUGCAAUCAGGGACCCGCUGCUGGAGCUGAGUUCCGAGAACGAUCUGUAGUUGCGAGAUAGUUACGGCCAUUCGUUCGAAACGGCAGGUUGGCCUUACUAAACAUGGAGCAUGUCAAUCCACUUGUGCGUUAGAAAGCCCGUUGUUAACCUACAGGAUUUCACACAACGGAACACGAGCGAUGUUUUGUCAUCACUACCGUGUAUAUCAGCCCAUAGAUACCAGUAUUUACAAUCAGAUUACAUUUGGCAGCCACGGACUUGAAACA